CAAAAGGGCUCCGCCUCAAACCCCCAAAUCCAUGGCUUCUGUCCCUCCGACGCUUCUACUUCUAGCCGCGGCGGCGCUCGCCCUUCUCUCCGCCGCCGCCUCCGCCGCCGCCUCCGCCGAUGUUACCAAGGUAUGCGUCGUUGGUAGCGGCAUCGGUGGAUCUUCGGUGGCGCAUUUCCUCAGACAAUACACCUGCGCCCAAAGUGCCGCGAUUCCCUGCGUCGACGGCAUACGCAUCUUCGAGAGGCGCGGGAAGGUCGGUGGCCGGAUGGCUACAGUUACGAUCGGCGGAGAUACCUUCGAGGCCGGGGCAUCUAUCAUCCACCCCAAGAACCUCCACGCCCUCGGUUUUGCCCGCCUCCUCCACCUCGAUACCAAAGCCGACGACGACUCCGGUGUCGAUCUGAACUCCAACGUCUCAUCGUCGUCGUCUUGGUUUGGAAUUUGGGAUGGAUCUCGGUUCGUAUUCAAGACUCUCACGCCUCCUUCUGCUUCAAGCUCCGCUAUGUACCGCAAGCUGUACCCUUUGUUCGACUCUUUGGUACUUCUCUGGCGCUACGGAUUAUCCCUCCUCCGGAUGAACCGUUUCGUUAAGGACAUGUUGCAAAGAUUCAUGCUUUACUAUAGUGAUCUUGAGUCCCGGCCUGUAUUUGAGACCUUAGAGGAGAUGCUUAAAUGGUCGGGAUUGUAUGGGCUGACCCGCUGCACGCUUCAGGAAGAAUUGGCUGACGCAGGGAUAUCUUCUCGGUUAACAUCUGAGUUAAUAACUGUAAUAACACGAAUCAACUAUGGUCAGGAUGUUACCAUCAGCGGACUAGCUGGGGCAGUUUCAUUAGCUGGCUCAGAUCCUGGAUUGUGGUCAGUCAGUGGAGGCAACUGGCAACUUGCUGCAGGGUUGAUUAGGCAUUCAAAUGCCACUUUGCAUCUCGAUGAAGGAAUAAAUUCCAUCACUAAUGUUGGAGGUUAUUAUGAGCUCAAUUCUUCAAAGGGGAACUCAUAUGCCUGUGAGGUAACAGUGAUUGCUACACCAUUAGAUGAGAUAAAUAUCACCAUUGUACCUCCAGUUUCUAUCCCCAGUAGAAGGUUACAGCACACAUACACAACUUUUGUCAGAGGGCUUCUUAACCCGAAAUAUUUUGGGCUAAAUAUUGCAUCAGAAAUUCCUGACCUCGUGGGCACGCUUGAGCUUCCCGAUAUUCCAUUCUCAUCCAUAUCCAUUCUCAAGAAAUACAAUGAAGAAGAUAUUAGCUACAAGUUGUUUUCUCGGGCACCACUGGAUGAUGAUUUUCUAGACAUACUAUUCAGCAAGAGGAGGGAAACUCUCCGGAUAAACUGGCCUGCAUAUCCUCAUUAUGAAGCUCCAGAGCUGUUUGCCCCCAUAAUUUUGGACGGUGCACAUUUGUAUUACAUUAAUUCGUUUGAAAGUGCUGCUAGCACAAUUGAAACCAGUGCUGUCGCAGCUGAGAAUGUUGCGCGGCUAAUUAUAGCUAGGAUCUCUGGCCAGUUGUCGUCAUUUGCUCCAAUUUUAAGGUCUCAUUCUACUGAAGAAUCACUCCACACUGAUCUGUAAGAUAAGCUACGAUUUGGAAGACUAAAAGAGCUCCCUGCUUUGAUGCUCUGCUUUCGGGCUCUCGUCCGGCUCACUGCUGCCCUACUUGUAGAUGGCAUACAGCAGCAGCUGCAUUGCCCCCAGCACGCUUCCACAGCCAUUCGGCACCUGAACAGCGCAAUAGCACAGUGCUUGCGAAUGAAAUCAAUGGAACACUUGGGGAAACUACAGAAGUCAGAUGGAAUCAUAUAAUAAUCACCGAGAUGAAGGGAUCAUGGCCGAGCAAUCCGUAGACAAACCACGAGGUGCCGCACAGGAAGACGAACAGCGAGAGCAGGAACGGCAUGUACUCCACGCUCUUGGUCUUGAUAACCAGCCGCACGAUCGACAGCGGCGAAGCAUACAUGCAGAUGGAGAAGGCGGUGGCUGCGAAGCCGCAUAAGAGCUUGUGGGGCUGGCCGUCGAGGAGCGCCAGGGAGAUCACGGCAACAGCUGCAAAGGCCGAGGGCACGGCGGCGAGCAGCGCUGCAGUGCGAGCUCUGACGGAUGGUUUGGACGCGAAGACGAGGAAGAUAACAACGUAGAUGGCUUCGAUGGCGGCACCGGCUCUGUUGAUGGUGGACACCAGGAUGUUGUCCGGGACACGAACGGCAAACCGUACCUGCAUAAUUAACGCAUUUAUCAACCUCUCUUUCAUCUAAAUGACCCCUUCAGUAGUUGAGAUCGCACACCAAGCAGAGAGGAGGCAGUUGAGCAACGUCAUGUUGUAGGGAACGCCUGAGAAAUCCUCUGUGGAUCUGCUCCUGAUGAUCCUCAAGAACGUGACACUCCAGACACCAAAAGGCAAACAACAAGAAACAGUUUUUUUAGUAAAGAUUUAAAGAAAAAGGGGAAAAAAAAGAUGAACACGGAAACAACAACAGAGAACAACAACACUCACACUGGAGAUAAAAACAAGAAGAGAGCAGCGGCGUUGCCUGUAAUCAAAGAUCCAUGACAUAAACAACAACAACAAAUAAACAAAACAUCGCUGAGAUUGCAUGAAGCGGAAGAACAGAUGCAGAGAGAGAAUAACCAACCAAAGAUGCCAAAUAAGAAAUGCAGCAGUUCCAUCUUCAGCUUGAAUGUAAGAUGUGGAAGUGCGAGGGGGAGAUAUAUAGCGAGAUUUCUGUCAUACGGUUAAAUUUUGUAACUGACUUCUCUAUCUUGAGUUUGGAGACGAGCAGCUUUUUUU